AUGUUCAACAUCGACUUCGUCCACGUCCCCAUCGACGAGGCCAAGCACGACAGCCGCGCGGCCGCCAAGGUGGCGCAGGAAGCCGCCAUAACGCGCGCACUGGACGAGGCAGGGGCCGACCUCAUAGUGCUCGCGCGCUACAUGCAGGGCGCCCGCCCCUACCACCGCGCCCACGAGCGCGGCGUCAAGAUCAUCGGCGCCACGGCACACUACGCCACCAGCGAGCUCGACGCGGGCCCGAUCAUCGAGCAGGACAUCACGCGCAUCACGCACAGGGACACCCCCGCAGACAUGGUGCGCAAGGGGAAGGACCUGGAGCGGCUGGUCCUGGCCAGGGCGGUGCGGUGGCACCUGCAGGACCGCGUGCUCGUCCACGACAACAAGACCGUGCUGUUUGAGGACUGA